CCAAACUGAGUCAAUUUUUGGUUCAUAAAUAAUACAGAUGAAAAUUUAUUUCCAUUUUCGGCAACCCUUUUCCCGUUACCAAAAAUGGCGGACUCCGCAUUUGAUCGAGGGUUUCAAAAUCACCCUUCUCUCUCCCAUCUCCGAUCUGUUGAUUCGGAUUGAAACCAGAGCUCGCUUCCUUCCGAUCUCAAGUGGCAGCAUGGCCGCCUUUGCGAAGGCCCUUACUAACAAGGCCGUCACUUGGGCAACCGACAUGCUGAUUCGCGGUAGGUACGAGCUAUGGAUAAGAAAGUUUGGACGCACGUACGCAGAUGCUGCUGAGAAGGAGCGGCGGUUCGCAAAUUUCAAGGAAUGCUUUGAGUUUGUUAGAAAGCAUAACCGAGAAAGAACUUAUGGAUGCACGCUGGGGCUCAACCAGUUUUCUGAUAUGUCAAUGGUAGAGUUUGGAAACACCUACUGUAUGACAAGGGCUGACCUCGACCGCCAAAUGAUUAACGAACCUAGAUGUAAAAUGCCAACACCCAAGACAGCUGCGGGUGCUUGGAGGACAAAGGGGCGUUCACGACAAUACAGCUCCCCCAAAGGCGCUCGAAGGGAUGCUAAGAGGAGGCUGGAUGAGCUUCGUGGUGCUGCUUGUAAUGUGAAGACGAGUUAGGCCUCUUUCUAUUGGCAAGCAAAGACUGCUCUAUUUUAUUAUUAGGUUGGCUGUUAGGUGCUUAUGACUGUGCCACAGUCAUGGUGUCUGCUAAGCUUAUGUUAUAACUUAAGAUGUAACCCUAUCCUGAGACCCUAAUUACCGCUUAUUGUAUGAAGGCUGUUUUGUUUCGUUGCCUAUUAGUACUAGUUUCUAAACUUGGUUUGUGUUAUGCUGUUUCUGAUUUUUAAUGUUGGUUACAUUGUGCGAGAA